GAAGAAGAAGAAGAGACGCUGCGAGAUCGCGAGAUUUGCAGUGGCCAGAGUGAGUCCACACAACAGAGCGAGCAGCCACAGUGGAGAGCUGCUGGAUUUCAGAGCCAAAGAGAGGAAUGGAGGAGGACAACCAGAACCCGGAGCAGCGGAGCAACAAGGUCCCCAGAAGACAAGCAGCAGGCUCGGACUCUGAUACCACCGAUGUUCAGAAACGGAGAGGAAGAGAGGGACUCAAACGUCACCACUGUCAGCACUGUGACAAAUCCUUCACAACAUCAACGUAUUUAAAGAUUCAUCAGAGAGUUCACACUGGAGAGAAUCUGCACAGCUGUGAUCAAUGUGGGGCAGCUUUCACAACACGGAGUUCCCUAAAAUUACAUCGAUGCGUUCUCACUGGAGAGAAGCCAUACAGCUGUGAUCAAUGUGGGGCAGCUUUCACACGCCAGAGGUACCUAAAAAUACAUCAACGCCUUCACACUGGAAAGAAUCUGCACAGCUGCGAUCAAUGUGGAGCAGCAUUCACAGGACAGAAUAACCUAAAAAGACAUCAACGCCUUCACACUGGAGAGAAGCCGUACAGCUGUGAUCAAUGUGGGGUAGCUUUCACAGGAAAGGGUGACCUAAAAAGACAUCAACGCCUUCACACUGGAGAGAAUCUACACAGCUGUGAUCAAUGUGAGGCAGCUUUCACAACACGGAGUUCCCUAAAAACACAUCAAUACAGUCAUACUGGAGAGAAGCCGUACAGCUGUGAUCAAUGUGGGUCAGCUUUCAUAUACAAGAAAUCCCUAAAAAUACAUCAACGCGUUCACACUGGAGAGAAGCCGUACAGCUGUGAACAAUGUGGGAAAACUUUUUCUCACAGUAGUGACCUUAAAAUACAUCAACGCAUUCACACUGGAGAGAAGCCCUACAGCUGUGAUCAAUGUGGGAAAACAUUUUCUCAGCGUGGUAGCCUUAAAUCUCACCAGCGCAUUCACACUGGAGAGAAGCCCUACAGCUGUGAUCAAUGUGGGAAAGCUUUCACAACACGACUUGCCCUAAAACUCCAUCAACAUAUUCACAGUGAAGAGAAGCCAUACAGCUGUGACCAGUGUGGGAAAGCUUUCAAAACACGGCGUGCCCUAACACUCCAUCAGCGCAUUCAUACUGGAGAGAAGCCGUACAGCUGUGAACAAUGUGGGAAAGCUUUCACAAGACGGAGUUCCCUAAAACUCCAUCAACGUGUUCACACUGGAGAGAAGCCGUACAGCUGUGGUCAAUGUGGGAAAGCUUAUUCUCAUCGUAAAAACCUUAAAGUCCACCAGCGCAUUCACGCUGCCUCGUUGUGGGGCGUGGUUUACUACGGGGUUGUGACCGCGAGACGCUGCGAGAUCGCGAGAUUUGCAGUGGCCAGAGUGAGUCCACACAACAGAGCGAGCAGCCGGAUUUCAGAGCCAAAGAGAGGAAUGGAGGAGGACAACCAGAACCCGGAGCAGCGGAGCAACAAGGUCCCCAGAAGACAAGCAGCAGGCUCGGACUCUGAUACCACCGAUGUUCAGAAACAGAGAGGAAGAGACGGACUCAAAAGUCACCACUGUCAGCACUGUGAUAAAUCCUUCACAACAUCAACGUAUUUAAAGAUUCAUCAGAGAAUUCACACUGGAGAGAAUCUGCACAGCUGUGAUCAAUGUGGAGCAACUUUCACACGACCGAGUACCCUAAAAAUACAUCAACGCAUUCACACUGGAGAGAAUCUACACAGCUGUGAUCAAUGUGGGGCAGCUUUCACACAACAAAGUCACCUAAAAACACAUCAACGCAUUCACACUGGAGAGAAGCCGUACAACUGUGAUCAAUGUGGGGCAGCUUUCACACAACAGAGUCACCUAAAACCACAUCAACGCAUUCACACUAGAGAGAAGCCGUACAGUUGUGAUCAAUGCGGGGCAGCUUUCACACGACAGCGUGACCUAAAAACACAUCAACGCAUUCACACUGGAGAGAAGCCGUAUUGGUGUGAACAGUGUGGGAAAACUUUUUCUAGUAGUGGUAACCUUAAAUCUCACCAACGCAUUCACACUGGAGAGAAGCCGUACUAGUGUGAACAAUGUGGGAAAACUUUUUCUAAGAAUAGUUACCUUAAAUCUCACCAGCGCAUUCACACUGCCUCAUUGUGAACAUGUUUCAGAGCCAAGCUGUUUCCUCCUGCCUCCUCCUCAUGCCCUGAUAGCUGUGUUGUUCUAUUCUGAGCUUCUCUCCACAUUGAAGGCUGACCAGCAGUAACUUUAUCUUCUGAACAGCAUGUAUGUUAUCGUGGCUACGACUACAUAUUACGCUCCCU